UUGUCGAUCUUAGUACAGGCGGCAAUCCGAGACAGUAAAAUAAGAAAUGAGUGGUGCUUAAAAAAGCUUCUUUAUUCCACGAUGCCAAGAAAAAAAUCAACUCCAGCCACCAAACAAGUGACGAUUUCGAAAUUCUUUGCCUCAAAGUUCGGACGCGAUAACAAGCAGACAAAUGGUACAAAGUUUGUCACCGAUGCUGAAGCGGACGAUGAUCUCGAACCACCACCACUGGCAGAGACACAGUCGAAGUAUGCAGCCAGCACUGCUGGUAUCGGAAAGCAGGAAACACCAGAUAAGAAAGGCAAGAAAAGAAAAGUGGUCCCUAAAGAAGCCAAACCACAAGUAUCGAAAAAGCCACGUGGAGGAAAAAAAAAAGAUAAAAGCACAUCACCAAAAAGCACAGAACAAUUUACCUCUUUAUUUUCCAAGUCAUCAGUAACUUGUGCAGCAUCCAGAGAAAGUGCAUCUGUUCGGCUCCAGGAAUUUGCACUCAGGGAAGAAAGUUCCAGGGAUGCAUCAGCACAAAGAACAUUGUGGAAACCCAAACAUUUGCCAGAUGUGCUUAGUCAUGAUCAGUCACAAGAAGAGGACAUGAGUGUUCAGUCAGGCAGUGAAAGUGGUGAUGAAAGUCAGGGGGUUUCAGAUUUUACAGCAAACUCAUCAAUAAAGGAGGGAAAGGACAAGUCUAAGUGUGCAAAGACAAAGCGCACUUCCAAAGCAGGGCCUUCAAAGAUGGAAAAGUUAUCUGCUUUCAUUCCUGUGGCUUCUUCACAUUUUUCUUCAUCUUUUAACAAACCAAAAAAACCAAAGUUCACACCUUUGGAACAACAGUACCUGGAGAUCAAGGAGAAAUAUCCUGAUGCAAUCCUGCUUGUGGAGUGUGGCUACAAAUAUCGCUUUUUUGGUACUGAUGCAGAGAUUGCUGCAAAAGAACUGAAAAUAUUUUGCCAUCCUAAUCACAACUUCAUGACAGCCAGUAUCCCAGUCCACCGACUCUUUGUUCAUGUUAGGCGGCUUGUGGCAGCUGGUUACAAGGUGGGUGUCGUCAAGCAGACUGAGACUGCAGCUCUGAAAGCAGCUGGAGACAAUCGAAACGCUCCUUUUACUCGUCGCCUAACAGCCCUUUAUACAAAGUCAACACUCAUUGGAGAAGAUGUAGAUCAGUCUUCAAGUGUCUCUGACUUUGAUGGUGUGAGUUCAGUCACUGAAGGCCUUCAUCCCAACUCAUAUCUUAUGUGUGUUUAUGACUUUCCAAGUGAUUCCAGAUCUAAGAACCAGCAGCAGAUUGCUAUGGUGGCAGUUGAUCCAGCAACAAGUGACAUAGUCUUUGACAGUUUUCUUGAUGGGGAGAGUCGUCAAGAGCUGGAGACACGUAUCUCGCAUAUACAACCUGUGGAAGUUCUUAUUUCAGUCUCACCUACACGUGCAACUGAUAAACUUAUUCAAAGUUUGGUUGCAAUCAGUUCAACAGCCGAUGAUCGUAUUCGUGUAGAGUCCAUGGAAGAGGAGAAAUUUUCAUAUGGCCAGGCUUUUGAGACGGUGUCAAACUUUUACUCAUCUGUAAAUGUCAGAGGUCUUCAGGAUGUGUUGGCCCUGCCCAAGCCUGUCGUGUGCUGUGUGGGAGCCCUUAUUACAUACCUGAAGGACUUUAAUCUGCAAAACAUCUUAGCAUUGACCAGCAAUUUUCAUCAGUUUUCAUCAAAGUCCAAAUAUUUGCAUCUCCCAGCUGCCUGCUUGCGCAAUCUAGAAAUUUUUCAGAAUGCUACUAAUGGCAGUGAACAUGGUUCACUCUUUUGGCUCCUUGAUAACACUGUUUCAAGAUUUGGAAAGCGCUUACUGAAGUCAUGGGUGGCACAACCCUUAAGGACUCUCAGUGACAUCAAGGCACGACAGGAUGCUGUACAGGAUCUUUGUACCGGCAAGACUCAAGGGCUCAAGAGGUUGCAGGAGUCUCUGGCUCGUGCUCCAGAUUUGGAAAGAGGACUAUGCUCCAUUUACCAUAAUAAAAGCUCAGCAACCGAAUUUGUGUCUGUUGCAAAGUCACUGUCCAAACUUUGUCAGGAAAUUCAUCUUCUUCAAACCACUGAUUUGACUCACAUAGAGUCGACAUUACUAAAACAGGUUCUGACAGAAGUGCCUGAUCUGCUGGAAGAUGUGAAAGAUUUUGCAGAUACUAUUAAUGAAAAAGCAGCAAGAGAAAACAAGAAGGCAGACCUUUUUGUAGACAAUGGAAGAUUUCCAGAGAUAACAGAAGUUAAAAAGCACAUCAGCGAUGUGUUGCAAGAGAUACGAGACCACCGUCGAGAGAUACGUUUAGCUUUGCGUCAGCCAUCCUUAGAUUACACCACUGUUAUGCAGACAGAGUUCCUGGUAGAGGUGAAGAACACUCAGCUCCACACAGUCCCAGCAGACUGGACCAAAAUUAGCAGUACCAAGAUGGUCACCCGAUUUCAUCCACCUUUUGUAGUGGCAAAGUAUAAACAGCUUAACCAGCUGAAAGAAAAACUGAUUGUUACAGUCACUGACUGUUGGCAGAAGUUCUUAAGGGAAUUUUCUGAAGGGUUUGUAAGAUACCGAAAAGGUGUCCAACUGAUAGCAUCGCUGGAUGCUUUCAUGUCUCUUGCAAAAGUGGCAAUGCAGGAUGGAUACUGCAGGCCAGAAGUGAUAAAUGAUGCAGUGAUGAUUGAGGUUGAAAAUGGUCGACAUCCUGUGAUUGACUCUCUAAAGAGGGAGCAAGAACAAUAUGUCCCUAACAGCACUUCAUUAAACGCAGAUGCUCAAAGAGUAAUGGUGGUUACAGGUCCCAACAUGGGAGGAAAGAGCUCCUAUAUUCGUCAGGUUGCACUGAUAUCAGUCAUGACACAGAUCGGAUCAUUUGUACCUGCUACAUCCGCACGCCUUGGCAUUCUUGAUGCCAUUUUUACAAGGAUGGGAGCAGAAGAUGAAAUCUUCAAAGGGCGCAGUACCUUCAUGGUGGAGCUCCAGGAAGCAGCUGAAAUACUUACUGCUGCAACCAGUCGCUCCCUUGUCAUAAUGGAUGAGCUAGGUCGAGGAACUAGUACCCAUGAUGGUGUUGCCAUUGCCUAUGCAACGUUGAGGCAUUUUAUUACCAUGACUCGGUGUUUGACAUUGUUUGUGACCCACUACCCACUACUAGCUGAGUUUCAGGCACUAUUUCCAGCUACUGUGGGUAAUUUCCAUAUGGCCUUCCUCCUGUAUGAUGGCAGCAGUGGGAAUACCUCACAAGACAAGAACAAAGCCAGCAAAGAUGAUGGAAACAUGGACAGUGAAGAUACUGGUGAUGAGGAAGUUCUGACCUUUCUGUAUCAGUUAACUCCUGGUGCUGCAGGAAAAAGCUAUGGACUUAAUGUAGCUCGUCUGGCACACAUCCCAAGAUCUAUCCUGGAUGUUGCUACCACCAUGUCACAUCAGCUUGAGGAACAGAUAAACCAGCGCAGGCAAGCUAGAGAGAAGUUUGCAUCUCUGUUUCAUGCCACCACAGCCAGCAACAUUAAGGAAGUGUUUUCCGGCAAUGUUGAAUGAUACCGCCAUGGCACAGAGACCUGCUUGCAUUAAAAUACUUAACCCAGUCCAUGAUUAUUUCAUGCAUAUCUUUAUUUAUAUUGAUGCAGUUUACCAUAUGGCUUUGAGAUUAAACAUGAUUCAACUCAAAACUGUGUGCUUGUUACAAAUUUAUAAUGGAUACUUGUAUCGUUCUUUGAGGCAUUUGCCCUGCAGGAAAAUAGAGUAUUAAAAAAAAUUAUCAGAUCAACAGUUUGUGCUCAACAUAGUGCCCUGCAUAGGCAGCCUCACACAUUUUUUCAAUGUAGUAACCACAAACAGCCUUUCUGUUCACUGUCAAUGCCCCACACUAUUUGCAUAGGAACUCACUGCUUCAGUAUCGAAAUAUUUGCAAUUUGUGAAAAUAAACGUUACUUAAAAAUU